AUGAAUACAAUGAAGAAAAAGAAAUCUGCUGGUUUAAAAAAAACCAAUAAUCUUUCAAACCUAGAAGCACAUUUUAUUGGAUUUGAUAUUGAUGAUAAAGUACUGAAAAGAUUUGAAAAUAAGAAAAAAUUAUUAAAAAUGGAACUUAGUAAAGAAACAAGUGAGCCUAUGGAAGUAGACGAGCCAACUGACUGUGCAUCCAUUAUUCAUAAUAAUCAUGUUAAUAAAAAGAAACAAUCUAAAUCAAGUAUAUCAACACCAGAACCUAAUGAUAUAAAGAAUAAUUGGAGUAAUAAGAGGCAUAAGAAAGUCAAUACUCGCAGUGAUACCUUAGAAUCUUUGAAAUUACAUGUUCCGCCUUCCUUAGAACUUACCACUCCUACAUUCAACUUAACUUUUUCUAACACUAGAACGCGCCGUAGUACAGCCAUAAAAAAUAAAUCAGUUAUCAGUGAUGCUAUUUUCAAACUCCCAUUUGAUCAUGGAUGGAAACGAGAGUUAGUAUAUAGAACAUCAGGUGAAUCUGCUGUUACUCCGGCCAAUAGAAGUGGUGAUGUAUACUAUUAUUCUCCAAAUGGUCAGAAACUACAAUCAUUACGAGACAUUCAGGAACAAUUGGAUAUUUUAUCUGAUAAAACUUCUCUUACUAUAGAUUGUUUUACAUUUUUAAAACAACCAAUUGGCGUAAAUGAUAAAUCAAAAGAACUGAUCAGAGAUGCACAUUUCAAAUCAUUUAAGGAUAACACUUCUGUCGGUGCUGCUGUUCAACCUAAAAAAUCUAAAAUACCUGAACAGCGCCCACCAUUUGAUUAUGAAAACAAAAAGUCUGCUAGUAAAAUGAAAAAAGAUGCGAAGACUUCCUCAAGAUCAAGAUCCAUAAAAGGGAAUUCAGAAUCAAUUCUGCGAGCUAUUGAAUCUAUUGUAUCGAGAAAAUUGUAUCCUAAACUUGAGAUCAUUGAUUUCAUGAAACGCCGGUUGCCAACAUCAGAUAGGAAAAUCAUCAUGCAGACUCGUUGUGGUAAGCGGUGCCCUAAUAUUGAUGUGCCUUGCUCUUUAUUGUGUACUCGUUGUUUAGUAAACUAUCACACAGAAUGUGUCAACGUAAAUGUUCACUUAAAAAUUAUUGGUUAUGUAUGUUUACACUGUCGAAUUAUUAUGAAACAAAGAGAUACUCGUGUACAAUCAUCUCAUACUUUAGUUAUUGGUGCUACUGAACCGGAGAAACUACGCGUUGAACCGAUUCGUAUAAGACAAGUUCAUCAGGCACCAAGUACGCCAAUUUCUAAAAUUGAAGAACCACAUUAUAAAAUUGAUGAAUAUAGAGAUGGAAAUGUAUCCAAAACUAAAAUAGUUGAUGAUAGUUUUCACGAACAGUAUGUUUAUGAAAUAAAAAAAAUACGAGGACCUAGUUUAACGACUUGUGUUAUUCAAGAGCCCAAAAAUUUGGAAGAGAAUUCUGAAAUGAAUGGUUCAUUUAAAGAAAUUGCAACUCCUUUCGCAUCUAUGCAAACAUUUAACUAUAUGGUUAAAGCAUUAGGGCACAUAUUUAAAUAUUUAAAUAUACAUGAGCUUUUAUCCGUUUCUAGAGUAUGUACCGCCUGGAAUAUAAUUGCAAUGAACAAGUUAUUAUGGCAAAAUUGUCGUUUAAAAAAUGCUAUGGUCUAUGACUGGGAAAGGUUUGUAGACUCUAUUGAUCAACAAAGAACUGAUAUGUUAGAUACUAGAAAAAUGUCGAUACCUGUACAAAUUGAUGAAUUCAAAAAUUUUUGGUUGCAUUUUUCCAAAGCAAUGAAAAGAGCACAGAAGUUAAAAUUCAUUGAAUUGUAUAGAUGUCCUACCCAUGUAGUUGAAGAUAUUAUUCACUCAUUACCUCAACUUGAAGUACUUAAUGCAACUUCAAUAAAAAAUCCAAAUGUAACAAAAGAGAUAAAAAAUCCCCAUGAUCUUAUGGCCCUAAACUUAAAUUAUUUAGGCCAAAUGACAAACCUCAUUGAGUUAAGACUAAAAGGUUUAACUGGAAUCAAAUUAACAUCAUUGCCAUCAUUUGAAAAUUUAAUAAAUUUAAAUAAAUUUUCAUUAACCUCUAUAGAUUCGUUUCCAAAAGACAUCUGUCAGAGUUUGGAUACUAUUACUGAUAACAUAGAGUUUUUGGAAAUUGGUGAUUGUGAUUUCUUAUCAAAAGAUUUUGCUGUGUCACUAAAAAGAUUUGUCAAUUUGAAAUCGUUGAGAUUGGAAAAUUGUUACGGUAAAUGGGAAAGUUAUGCACAAGACGUUUUUACUGCUAUUAGGGGUCUUAAAAAGCUCACUAUUCUGGAAUUGAUAAACAUAGAAUUCAGUAAUUGUGUUGAAGAUGAAUUGGAAAAAUGUGUUGGAAUUAAAGCUUUACUAAUUAUUCCUGCUUAUAUGAGCGAAUCUGCAACUACCAACUGCCACUUGAUUGAUUGCCUCGAGAAACUCUCCAAGACAUUAACACAUUUGGUUUGGGGAUUGACUCGUGAAUUACUCCUUGCUACUGACUUAUUUAUAACGAAAUAUCAACAAAAUCAGCAUAAUAUUGAUUAUAAUUUAGAAUUAUCCCAUACCAAAGAAAAGACUAACUACAUACCUAUACUAAGGACAAGAAAACCUAGACAGCGACUAGGAGAAGAGCCUGCUCCCAAAAAGGACAAGAAUCAAGACAAAUCAGAUGACGUUAAUUUAGUUUCAAUUUCUGAUCUAGAGAAAUUGUUAGAUACAAUGAUGCCGGAUGCUAAGACUGGGGUAAUUAAGGUUCCCUUUUCGAGAACAGUUAGAGUUUAUUUGAGUGAACUGUUUAAUGAUCUUUGA